AAAGUACUGUACAUCGGUUGAUUACAGUCUGGUAAAUUGCUGGAGACAAUUGUGAUUGCGUGCAAGCACGUACGGCUUCCAGAUUGCACACAGCCCAGACGAUUCUGGCGGUUCAAAAGCCUUUGGCUCUAGAAGGCACAUGGCAGUGGAAGAUUGGUACAAGCAGCUUCCUGUUGUCACCAGACUGUACGUCACGUCAUGUUUCCUUGUAACAGCAGCUUGUGCCCUCGAGAUCAUCACCCCCUUCAACAUAUAUUUCAACGCGAGGCUCAUCUACCAGAAAUUGGAACUCUGGCGACUACUGACAAACUUCCUAUUUUUUGGCAGCCUAGGUCUUGACUUUGUAUUCCACAUGUUCUUCCUCAUAAAGUACAGCAAGUCUCUGGAGGAGGAGUCAUUUCGAGGGCGCAGCGCAGACUUCUUGUGGAUGCUCCUAUUUGGUGCCGGUUUGCUGCUGGUGAUUGCUCCCUUUGUGAACAUCCAAUUUCUGGGCUCGUCAUUGACAUUCAUGAUGGUGUAUGUGUGGGGGAGGCGGCAUCCGUAUGUGAACCUGAGCUUUCUGGGGAUCUUCAAUUUUACAGCGCCCUACCUGCCCUGGGUGCUGCUGGCGUUCUCUGUUACCCUGCGCAGCAACGCAGCUGUGGACCUGCUCGGCAUCGUGGCAGGGCACUGCUACUACUUCCUGGAGGAUGUGUAUCCGCGCAUGACCGGGCGGCGGCCGCUGCGGACGCCGGGGCUGGUCAAGGCUUUGUUCCCCCGGGACGAGGGUGUGCGCAUUGCGCGGACGGCGCCGGCCGCGGCCGCGCCGCAUGCUUUCCCGGCCCCCGGCGUCGUGCCGCCACCCGGGCAGGAUCCCCGCUGA